UCGGUGUGUAGAGGUCACGGUGAGCUCGCUGUGGCCGCCGGUGGACUGUGCGUGUCCCCAGUGUCCGCUCCGGUCGCCCGGUUAGGAAUGCGCCUCACCGAGCCGUGUUUGUAAUCUGGUGAAACGCCAGCAGGGAUCGUGGUGUAAGAAGAGACAUGGUUUGGCGUGGGUACAAUUUGUAUCUUAGCGUGCAGCGUUGAUUCAUUGAGCUAAAUGACGUUAUCCAGCCUCGUUGAUUCAUAGCACGCUAGCUGUGUGCCGUUACUGCUAGCCGGCUAAGUAGCUAAUACGCUAGUUUGAGUGUGCUGCUGUGGCCGAUCUGGUCCUUACCGGCAGAGGAGCGGACUGUCUGCUGAACCUAGCCGCUGAUUCGGGGAGAGGAGGUGGAGGUGGUGGCAGGCGGGGGGCCGGGAGAAAGCGACGGGGUGGAAGUGAGUCAGGAGCGGCUGAUGAGUUCAAACCAGAGAGGAGAGCCGCCGCUGCUGCAGGAGGAGGCCGAUCCGGGACCGAAGACCGGUGGGAAGGACGAGGCUACGACGGGGAGCGAGGGAGGCUCAGGCGGCAUGGUCACCUCUAAGGGUGCUGGUUUGAAUCCAAAUGCCAAAGUGUGGCAGGAGAUGCCAGUGGCCCCCAGCGAGGCUGUAACUCACAGUCCUCAUUGGCCUCACUCGGACAUCAGUGAGGGAUAUUCUGGGCCUUCAUCUUCUGGGUGCAAGCAGUACACUGUGGGAUUCACUGCUCUGGAUAACAGCAGCUCCACAGCAACAGCUGAGAUAGCAGUAAAUGGAAUGAACCCUCAUGAGUUGGGCUUUUCCCCCACUGAGUCCACCACAGGGACCUCUGUAGAUUCUAAAACGGAAGAACAACCAAUCUCAGAGAAUCUACGCGAAUCCCUGAAGAAAGAGUUGGAGUUUUAUUUCUCUCGCGAGAACCUGUCUAAGGAUUUAUACCUGAUGUCCCAGAUGGACAGUGACCAAUUUGUCCCCAUAUGGACUAUAGCCAGUAUGGAGGGCAUCAAGGUCCUCACUACUGAUAUGGACCUCAUCCUGGAUAUCUUAAGAUCGUCCCCUAUGGUACAGGUGGAUGAGAAAGGGGAGAAAGUGCGUCCUAAUCAUAAGCGGUGCAUUAUCAUACUGAGGGAGGUCCCUGAAACCACACCUGUUGAGGAAGUGGAGUCACUAUUCAAAAAUGACAACUGUCCAAAGGUGAUCAGUGUCGAGUUUGCACACAACAACAACUGGUACAUCACAUUCCAAUCGGAUACAGAUGCUCAACAGGCGUACAAAUACUUGAGAGAAGAAGUUAAAACCUUUCAGGGAAAGCCCAUCAUGGCUAGGAUAAAAGCCAUCAACACAUUCUUUGCUAAGAAUGGCUACCGUAGCAUGGACAGCAGCCUGUAUGCUCAGCAGUCCCAGAGCCAAUCCCAGUACAGUUCUCCCCUCUACAUGCAGCCGGUAUAUGCCCAGCAGCAGUACCCUGUUUAUGGCAUUGUACCGCCCGCCUGGACACCUUCACCCACACCUUAUUUUGAAACUCCUCUGGCUCCAUUUCCCAACAGUAGCUUUGUGAAUGGCUUUGGCUCUGCUGGGCACUACAAAGCUGGAUCCACUUCUCUUAACAUUGCUCGCCCAUUCAACAGAAACCGUGUCCCCCUCUAUUCAAGAAAGAAUGUAAUAAAUACCUUCAGGAACCACGUGAAGUCUCAGGUGAGAACAAGUGAGGUGACACCAGGCUCCAUCACUCCAGUCCCUUUGGAGAGUCUAACUGGCCUGCGCAGUCCGCAGCCUCCCAUGCCUGUUGCUGCCGCCAUCAUCGCUAACCCAGCCCAGGCGGUCACAGAGCUCACCUCAGCAUUCUCACAUCUCUCAUCAUCGUCUUCCUCUGACCCCAGUGAUGACAGCAACAUGGCUGGACGUGGAAGGAGGAGCACAACUUACAGAGGGACACGGAGAAGGCGAGAAGAUGAACGGAUUGCGAGGCCUGUACCAUUAGCAGAUAUCAAAGUUUCUCCUCCCAAGUUUGACUUGGCUGCUACUAAUUUCCCUCCUCUUCCUGGCUGUGUGGUCAGUACGCAGGGAGAACCAAUGCUAGAAAACAGAAUGUCAGAUGUUGUACGCGGUUUGUACAGAGACAAGAAUGAGCAAACGAAUAAAGACGCCGCUGUAAGUCCAGGUUCAGCUCAAGGCCCAGUUACAGAGGAGGCUGUGACUGUCUCGGCUCAUCUCCUGGUAUCCACAAAAUCUGCUCCUCCACUACUUGGGAACUUAGGCUCAGGUAUUGCUCGUCCAGAAAAGAGGGUUGAAAAGGUGGAGAUCCCAGUCCCAAAAGUGACGCCACAUACGAUUGUUUCACCUCCAGUUAACCCAGUCCCCUCUACACAGCCUGCACCCAGCUCCAGACCUCAACCGUGCACUGCAUCCACACCAGUGACUCCAACCACAACAGGCCCUACCACAGCAGCUGUUCCCAUCCCUGCGCAGGAGCCUCGAAAACUCAGCUAUGCUGAGGUUUGCCAACGGCCACCCAAAGACCCCCCUCCUCCUGCACCCGCCUCCACCAGCAGUGCAUCAAACCAACCACUGCGUGAGUUGCGUGUGAAUAAGGCAGAGGAGCCGGUUUCCAGCAAUAGUCCUGGAGACAAGCAAGAAAAAUGUCAUGACCGGGAAGGAGGAUGGGAGUGCAAGGAGAGCCGACCCCCGCGUGAACGUGACUCUCAAAGCUAUUAUCGCAACAACGGACCCCGAGGCACUGGAGGCCUGAAGUUCAGAGACCAGAGACGUCCACCUCCAGCUCGACGCAACUCCCCCCAGGGGGGCUACAGACACAUUGGCAAAGAGCAGAAUAUUCCACCGUUAUCGCCAAAGUAAAAACUUUGAUAUGAAUAGAAAACAAAAGAUGUAUGAAUAUAUAUAACUAUAUAAAAAAAAUUAAUAACAUAAAAGCAACAACAUUAUGGUAGCUGCCUUUCCCCUGGAACUUGUCCAAAGAAAAGCUUUUAAAAUGGUGAUAAGACAUGGACAUCCAGGACUUGUGAGCAAAAGUGGCAUCAAAAGAAGUUGGAACAUUUUGAGGGGUGACAUGAAAAGGAAACAAAAAUCUUGUUUUGGGCUCCAGCACAUGCUGAAAAAGAAUAUGUAGGUUUUAUGAGGAUGCCACUUCAUUUAUGCUCUGCUAGGGAGAGGUGGGACGCUGGGCCACCUGAUGGCCCUCUACCUGUUUGAUAUAAAAGAAUCAAUGUUGGUUUGCAAAGAACAUAUGCACUAAGAAGAAAAGAACAUGCAUAUAUGUCAUGUACAUAUACAGUUAUCACUAACACGCAAUGAGACAUCAGUUUUCUUGUGUGCUUAGGUUUGCGAGAAUAACUGAAGGGUUGAUGUCUGUUUGCGUUCUGAUUGUUAAAGUGCUGCAGUGGGCUGUUGCACUGUGGAAGAAAUGGGUUAUUUUGGCUUUUACAGCAGAGAUUUUGAAUGAUGGUCCUAAAAUUGGACAGCUUGAUCCUCAAAUGUAUAUUACUGAAAUGUGUUCUAUGGUGGUAUUUUAAUCCUGGUUUAUGAUUGGCUUAAAUUGUAUCAGUCCGAUUAUCAGAAAUUGAUGUUGCCAGUCAGAUGUGUGGUUUUUUUUGUUUGUUUGAACUCCACUUCGAGGUGCUCACUGGCCUCAGCUGCAGUGAACCUGCUAGUCCAAAGUUUUUCAUGUUAAGUUUGAUCUCAGUUGUCUGAGACAUUUUCAGUAUAUCAGUCUGAAUUCAGAUCAUGUUAAUAAUCAGGUUCUCUGUUUACAUGUUUGAGUUGUAGUGUUUUGCUUUUUUUUCCCCCUUCCCAAAAAAGAGAGGAGGUAAAUGAUCAGAUCAGUGCACCUGAUUGUUUUAGUUAUGAUUCGGCUUUUCUAAAUCAAUAUGGGAUAUCCAGGUUAAGCUUAUGUCUGAAGUAAAAGUGGCAUAGUGUCACAGGAUGGACUGAGGAGUGCUGUUAGCAGAGGAUGAUCGCUGUGUUUUGUUUGGCAGACAACCUGUGGCUGUAAGAAAAUUGGGAGCCAUCGCUUACUACAUGCCAGCUGCCUGCGAUCAUAGUUUUUGAUAGGUUUUGGUUUUUAAUCAGGUCUGCGAAGCCUUUUGUUUUUUGGGGUCCCCCCCCUUCCAUCGGGCCCUCCCCCAACUAGACUUUGAAGAGACUGUAGCAGUGUAGUUUCUGAUGGUAUAUUCUAAUCAUUCUUUACUAGAAAUGUGUGUGGGAGAAUGUAAUUGUUCUAGCAUUGGCUUAACAGAGGGAGGCUUCUUGACAGCAGGUAUCAGUUAAUUUUGUGCUUUUAGGGUGCAUUUGCAUUUUUUUUUUUUUUUUUUUUUUUGUAGGGAGAGACAGAGAAUUCGCAUUUUCUCUCACUGUAUGUAUUGUUUUUCAAAUUUAUUUUAAUUUUAAUGCGUGAUGCUUUUCUCUCAAUCUUGGUAGGCUGGUUUCCCCAAAGUUGUGUGAAAUCGAACUGUCAAAGUGAAAUCACGCAUGUGGCAUUUAUAUCCCGUCAGAUGUCAGCUGAGAGUACUUGAUUUGACUUUGGGUUUAGUAAUAUAGCAAAUAUGUAAACUAAUCACUGGGCCUGUUUUUUUGUUUGGUUUUUUCCCCCCCUUCAAUAAGUAUGAGCAGCUAGUGAUUAAGGUAUAAUAAAAUGCACUAACUUUUUUUUUAAUCUUAUGAGUAAUGUGAAAUCAUUUAGAAACCUGUUAGAUGUUGACAGAAUUGCAAAUACCUACUGGAAUUGCUUCCCCACCCCCUUCCAUGUUAUUUUCUGUUCCUUUAGGUUGGGGUGGCAAAAGGAAAUAGUAAUGGAUCAACCAGGUGUUUGAGACACAAUCCUAGAACUGUAUGAAAUGUCACCAAAAUAAAUUAUUUUGAUUUGGC